CGCCCGUUUGCUAUGAAACCAGACGUCUCAUGAUUCAGCCCGCUCUCAUCCGCCUUACGCCUCUUCUCUUUGACCGUUAGCUUCAUCACUUCCACUGUUCCAGCAUGUCGACCGUCGUGGCUGCCGUACUCUCAGCGCUGCUAUUACACGCGACACCGGCCAAGGCAUACUGCAGCUAUUACUAUGGAUGCAGCGGAAACAAUCUAGGUGGAGGGGGUAUAGCGGGAGUCGUGAUAGGAAUCGUCGUCUUCUUUCUGCUCCUGUUGACGUGCUGUCUAAUGGGUAUGCGCCGCCGUCGCACCUACUACAACUCCGGCGGGCAAGGCCCCUGGUAUCCCGUAUCCAGAGGCGGCAUCUUCCCCGCUGCCCCGCAAAGCAACGCGGAAGCCGGGCUCGGAGGUCAACAAGCCGGUUGGAAUACCAAUGGUCCUUCUGACAACAGGGGCGGCUGGCUUAACAAUCAAUACGCGCCAAGUGGGGCUCCAUCGGGUAGCACAGGCCACUGGGUUAGUGAGGGACCAGGUGCUGUACCUCCGCCAUACGAAUCAAAGCCCCCUCAGUAUGCUCCCCCUCCGGGUGAACCCCCCGCGGCUCAUGUUCGUAGUUGAAGUGAACGUAUCACAUAGUUGCUCAGUGACGCUAUGGACCUUGUGUAUUUCUCAUAUGGACUCGUAUAAUGCCAUGAUUAUGCGGUGCUGAAA